GGAAGUUUGUUCCCGAGUUCGGAGCCCAGGAGUCCCCGUGGCCGUCGCUCAGGUGCCUUCCGCCGGGUCGGGAUGGAGCUGCCUGCGGUGAACUUGAAGGUUAUUCUCCUGGUUCACUGGCUGUUGACAACCUGGGGCUGCUUGGUGUUCUCAGGCUCCUAUGCUUGGGGAAACUUCACUAUCCUGGCCCUGGGGGUGUGGGCUGUGGCCCAGAGGGACUCUAUUGAUGCCAUAGGCAUGUUCCUUGGUGGCUUGGUGGCCACCAUCUUCCUGGACAUCAUCUACAUUAGCAUCUUCUACUCAAGUGUGGCCACUGGGGACACCGGCCGCUUCGGUGCCGGCAUGGCCAUCCUCAGCUUACUGCUGAAGCCCUUCUCUUGCUGCCUCGUCUACCACAUGCACCGUGAACGAGGGGGGGAGCUCUCCCUCCGCCCGGAUUUCUUCGGACCGUCUCAGGAGCAUAGUGCCUACCAGACAAUUGACUCAUCAGAUUCACCUGCAGACCCCUUUGCAAGCCUGGAGAACAAGGGCCAAGCUGUCCCCCGGGGGUACUGAAGCUGUUCCUGGCCAUCCUGGUGCCCAGCAGGAUGCUUGUCACCCUCUUUACGUGGACUACAAUGGGGCAUCCUCCACUGCAGAGGUGCCUGAGUCAUGUGCCUUUGGAGGUCAAGAGCUGAGAGGAGCCCAGUCCUAACUCUCCAGGCUGCCCUGCCCCUCCCUUCCAAAGACCUGUUAACCCCUGGGCUAGAACUGUGAUUGGUUUCUUCCCCUCCUACCCCAUAACUAUAGCACACUCCUACCGAGCUGUGCAGAGUGCUCAGGGCCAGCCAGGCCUUUACAGGUCAAUGAUCAGUACCCCAAGAUGAUCCAGCCCUUCCUAGAAGCUCUGUGAACUGUGAGCUUCUGGUCCUGCUCAGCCCUUCUGCAUAGGAGCAAAGUUUAGUGCCUCUCACUGCCUCAUGACUUGGUGCAUGGGAACCCCAGGCCUGGAUGCAGUAGGUCUGCAGAGGCCCCUCUCAGAGCCCUGACAUUAAAGGUCAGGGGUUUUGUGGCUGUGCUGUGUUUGAGCCAUGUUUGAGCUCCAGGCUCGGACCUGCCUGCGAUCUUGGUGUGAUUUCACCUUUGAAUCAGUUAUAGGUGGAACAUGGUCUGAGCCACCCAUUAUAUCAAGCCUGGUAGAAGGAAGGGCCCCUUUGGGCCUCCCUGGAGGAGUCUGGCUCCAGCUAAACAAGGUGACAGAGGAAGUGUUGGUCAGUGUGGCAUGUAGACAGACAUCUGUCCUCUGAAUCUCAGUGACUUAAUUUCACUGCCUCUGAUACUGAGCCAUGAGCCAGGGCAUGGGUGGCUUCCUCUAGCCCUGCGUUCUGAUCACAGUCGACUGCUUCCCGAGGGGCUAGGGCUCCCACUCUUGCUCACUCCCAGAACUCUGGGGACAGAUACUUGAAGACUUACAGGGAACCACAGGCUGAGGUGAGAGUCCUGUAGACAGGCAGGGAGGCUGAGUGGCAGCAUCUUUGAAAAGUGAAUCGCCCCCUCCACCUUUCUGUGCGGGGACACUGUGGUCCAUCGGCUGUGUGGAACACCAUCCCAUAGAAUCAGCACAUAACCCAGACCUGUUAGUGUCCUGAGCCCAGUGUGAGCAGAGUGAGGAGCAGCAUGCACCACUAGAGGGCGGUAGUUGUGACUCAGCCUCUCACAAACUCCAUAGGUUUGUUUAGGCUGUAAGCAGCACGGGGCCCAGAGAAACAGCUCAGCAGGAGGUGAUGGGAGUCUACUACUAAGCGUGACAAUCUGUGGUUAGCCUUGGAACCAACUCGAGAAAGUUGUCCCUUGACCUCCACACUCUUGUCAUGGUAUGAGGUUUUACACACGUGCACACACGUGCACCCACCCCCCCACACACAAACAUAAAUGUAAAAACAAACACAAACAACCCAGAAUAUUAAAAACGUGCCUGGUGAGUGGUUAAUCCCAGCACUCAGGAGGCAGAGGCAGGUGAAUCUCCCAGUUCAAGGCCAGCCUGGUCUACAGAUCCAGUUCCAGGACAGCCAGGGCUAUUACAUAGAGAAACCCCAUCUACAAAAACAAAACAAAAAAGCUCUGGGACACUUGAGAAGUUCCUGAGCAUGUGGCCUAAGGCAAAGAAGAUGAAAAACCCAAGGUGUUUACUCCUGUUUCUGGAAGGGUUCUUAGCAGAAGGAAGGCCUGGAGUAUCAGUGCCUGUGUGUCUUGGAAUCGGUCAUGCUGGCAGAGACGAAUAAGGAGAGGGCGGGGCUUGGCCUAAGUAGCUAAGAUAGGUCACAGAGCCUGCAUCCUCCCUCAGUCUGACUGACUUUAGGGGAGAGGAGGAGUCUCUCUGGAAGAUCUCAAAGCAGACUAGAGUGGGAGUCUGGGCUUUCUCAUUGGUCAACGGCUGUCCCACAGUGGGUGACAAACUUCCAGCUGAUGGAGGAAAGGCCCUGAGGCAAACAGAAGCAUGGAGGGGCCCAGUGCUGGCCACCUGCCUUACAAAAUAGCUCCAUGAAGAGGAACAUCUGGGGCCAGAAUAGGUGGGUGAAGAGAGGAGACGUGCCCUAGAGGCAGUAGUGGGCUAGAGAAGGUUUAAGUGGAGGGGCAGCCCCCAGGAAGCCUGACCUGGAGCACUGGUCUGCCUGUGGUUAGGACGCAGGCGUUGCUGGAAUGCUGGGUGUCAGAUAGCAGGAGAAGAGCAGGUUUGAGUCACCCCAGGGACUGGCUUCCAUUGAGAGUGUAAGAGAGCAUGUGUCGGAAUCCGAGUCCACUGCACGAGAGCUCAAGGGAGCAUGCACUGGCAUCAGAAUCUCAAUUUGACACACCUUAGAAGGAUAGUUUGUAUUUGCGGACUGUGAGAAUGUGACAAGCUGUCAACUCCUGGACACACUCUGAAGGUGGGCCAGCAGAAUCUACGUAUGCACUGAAGAGGGAGAAGCCAGGAGUCACUAACAGCAGGACUGGGACUGGACCCUGUAGUUGACACUGACUGGAGGGCACAGAGGAGCCCAGAAGGGCUGUGCUUGUGGAAUGGGGUUCUUCAACCAGGUGUUCUCACAGGCACCGGCCUUUGUGCCACAAGUCCCUGUGGUGAUUUGGAAACAGGCUGGUCCCCGGGUUAUAACCUAGAAUCUGUUGUUUCAGGGAGGUCUCUUAUUGUCUGCAGAGCUGAAGUCGCUUGUCCAGUUUGUAAAUCUAUUGCUUGUUUAUACUAAGUUGAGUCUUCCUGAAAAACUGCCCCAGAUGCAGUCAGUGUUCUUGUCUGCCAAACUACUGGUCUUUCCCUACUCAGAGCUGCCCUCAGUCUCCAGGAUAACACUUCAGGUCCAGCCCUCUCUGCAGCCAGAGAUCCUUGUUUUAAAUCUCAAAGGUGGGCCAGUGAGAUGGCCUGCCAGGGCAGGGCUUUGCCACUAAAAUAUGAGUUUGAUCCCUGGGCCCCAAGGGGAGAACCGACUCCUGCAGGCUGUCCUCUGCCCUCCAUGUUUGUGCAGUGGCACAUGCCCCCUCCACAAAUAAAUGUCAUUAAAUCCUAAAGGUA